AUGGUGCAGAAGUCGCGCAACGGCGGCGUCUACCCCGGCCCGGGCGGAGACAAGAAGCUCAAGGUGGGCUUCGUGGGGCUGGACCCCGGCGCGCCCGACUCCAGCCGCGACGGCGCGCUGCUCAUCGCCGGCUCCGAGGCGCCCAAGCGAGGCAGCAUCCUUAGCAAGCCGCGCGCGGGCGGCGCGGGCGCUGGGAAGCCCCCGAAGCGCAACGCCCUGUACCGCAAGCUGCAGAAUUUCCUGUACAACGUGCUGGAGCGGCCGCGCGGCUGGGCGUUCAUCUACCACGCCUACGUGUUCCUCCUGGUCUUCUCUUGCCUCGUGCUGUCCGUCUUCUCCACCAUCAAGGAGUACGAGAAGAGCUCCGAGGGCGCCCUCUACAUCCUGGAAAUCGUGACCAUCGUGGUGUUCGGCGUGGAGUACUUUGUGCGGAUCUGGGCCGCUGGCUGCUGCUGCCGGUACCGCGGCUGGAGGGGGCGGCUCAAGUUUGCCCGAAAGCCGUUCUGUGUGAUUGACAUCAUGGUGCUCGUCGCCUCCAUCGCGGUGCUGGCCGCCGGCUCCCAGGGCAACGUCUUCGCCACCUCGGCGCUGCGCAGCCUGCGGUUCCUGCAGAUCCUGCGCAUGAUCCGUAUGGACCGCAGGGGCGGCACCUGGAAGCUGCUGGGCUCCGUGGUCUACGCCCACAGCAAGGAGCUGGUCACCGCCUGGUACAUCGGCUUUCUCUGCCUGAUCCUGGCCUCGUUCCUGGUGUACCUGGCCGAGAAGGGGGAGAAUGACCACUUUGACACCUACGCGGACGCGCUCUGGUGGGGCCUGAUCACCCUGACCACCAUCGGCUACGGGGACAAGUACCCCCAGACCUGGAACGGGAGGCUGUUGGCCGCCACCUUCACCCUCAUCGGGGUCUCCUUCUUCGCGCUGCCUGCAGGCAUCUUGGGCUCCGGCUUUGCCCUGAAGGUGCAGGAGCAGCACCGGCAGAAGCACUUCGAGAAGAGGCGGAACCCGGCCGCUGGCCUGAUCCAGUCGGCCUGGAGGUUCUAUGCCACCAACCUGUCGCGCACGGACCUGCACUCGACCUGGCAGUACUACGAGCGCACGGUGACCGUGCCCAUGUACAGCUCGCAAGCUCAAACCUACGGGGCCUCCAGGCUGAUCCCGCCACUCAACCAGCUGGAGCUGCUGAGGAACCUCAAGAGCAAGUCCGGGCUCGCCUUCAGGAAGGAGCCUCAGCCCGAGCCGUCGCCAAGUCAGAAGUUCAGUUUGAAAGAUCGUGUCUUCUCCAGCCCCCGUGGCGCGGCCGCCAAGGGGAAGGGGUCCCCCCAGGCCCAGACCGUCCGGCGCUCGCCCAGUGCUGGCCAGAGCCUUGAGGACAGUCCCAGCAAAGUGCCCAAGAGCUGGAGCUUCGGGGACCGCAGCCGGGCCCGCCAGGCCUUCCGGAUCAAGGGCGCUGCCUCGAGGCAGAACUCGGAAGAAGCCAGUCUCCCUGGGGAGGACGCUGUGGACGACAACAAGAGCUGCAACUGUGAGUUUGUGACCGAGGACCUGACGCCUGGCCUCAAAGUCAGCAUCCGGGCUGUGUGCGUCAUGCGGUUCCUGGUGUCCAAGCGGAAGUUCAAGGAGAGCCUGCGGCCCUAUGACGUCAUGGACGUGAUUGAGCAGUACUCGGCCGGACACCUGGACAUGCUGUCCCGCAUCAAGAGCCUGCAGUCCAGGAUAGAUAUGAUUGUGGGUCCCCCGCCCCCUUCAACUCCCCGGCACAAGAAGUACCCCAGCAAAGGGCCCCCGGCCCCUCCGAGAGAGUCACCCCAGUACUCACCUAGAGUGGACCAGAUCGUGGGCCGGGGCCCGGCGGUCACCGACAAGGACCGCGGCAAGGGUCCGGCCGAGGCGGAGCUGCCUGAGGACCCCAGCAUGAUGGGCCGGCUGGGCAAGGUGGAGAAGCAGGUGUUGUCCAUGGAGAAGAAGCUGGACUUCCUGGUCAGCGUCUACACACAGCGCAUGGGCAUUCCCCCGACCGAGACAGAAGCCUACUUCGGGGCCAAGGAGCCGGAGCCGGCGCCACCAUACCACAGCCCGGAGGACAGCCGGCAGCAGGUGGACAAGCACGGCUGUAUCAUCAAGAUCGUGCGCUCCAGCAGCUCCACUGGCCACAAGAACUUCUCGGCGCCGCCCGCCCAGGCCCCGCCCUCCACCUCCUGGCAGCGCCAGGGCCACGGCUCGUCCCCCGUGGGCGACCACGGCUCCUUGGUGCGUAUCCCGCCGCCCCCCGCCCACGAGCGGUCGCUGUCAGCCUACAGUGGGGGCAACCGGGCCAGCACGGAGUUCCUGAGGCACGAGGACGCGCCGGGCGGCAGGCCGCACGAGGCCGGCCUGCGGGACAGCGACACGUCCAUCUCCAUCCCGUCCGUGGACCACGAGGAGCUGGAGCGCUCCUUCAGCGGCUUCAGCAUCUCGCAGUCCAAGGAGAACCUGGACGCGCUGGGUGGCGGCUUUGCGGCCGUGGCACCUCGGGCCAGGGUCAGGCCCUACAUCGCCGAGGGCGAGUCGGACACGGACUCGGACCUCUGCACCCCCUGCGGGCCCCCCCCACGCUCUGCCACCGGCGAGGGCCCCUUUGGCGACGUGGGCUGGGCUGGACCCAGGAAAUGA